UAUAUAAAGAACUCCCAUAAAUAUAUUAGAAAAAGGCAACCCAAUAGAAGAAUGGACAAAGCAAAAAAAAAAGCAUUUAACAUAAGAGGAAACAUAAAUGGCUCAUAAACAUAUAGGAAGACACUUGACCUCUUUGGUAAUUAGGAAAAUACAAAUUAAAAGGACAAUGAGAUGCCUAAGAGUCAGCUAGGACAUAGAACAAUGGAAAUUCUCAUACCCUGUUUAUCGGAGGCACAAAUCGCUUACCAGUAUGUGGGAAAACAUUUUGGCAUUAGUAAAGCUGAACAUAUACAUACUCCAUGGCCCAGCAAUUCCAUACUGAGAAAUAUACUCUAGAAAAAUUCUUACAUAUAUGUACCAGAAGACAUAUAAAAGAAUGUAUUAUCUUACUCAUUGGGGUCAAAAUUAGAAAUUAGCUCUGAAAUGUUUAAUUAAGUCAUACAAUAUACACUCAUCAUCCAAAAGUAAUGUUUAUGGGCACAUAAAUAUUAUUUUCAUGUACUUAUUCAUUAAUUGCUAAAUUCAUUAACAAAUAUUUGUACCUAUUAUCCUUUUGUAAACGCAGAGAUAAAAUACACCUGACAGGUCAAUUUUUGAUAUAGCAUGAAUGGCUUUUUGUUCACACUGACAGGCAUAUGUACCUUAAUCACCAAAGAUUAUAUCAAGUAUUUAUAAAAGAAAAUCCCUUUUGAGGAUUAUUUCAGUUUAAUCAGGAUUAAAAGGAAAUAAAACUUUAUCCUUAUCAUCCUUGAGUGAAAUAACUUGAGUUUUAAUAUCUUUACUUAAUCAGAAAAUACAUGGAAGGAAACAAUAAAAUAGAGAGAGCCUGAUGUCCUGUGGUCUUCCUUAAUAACAACCCAUUUUCAAGAGACUAUAAUCUACUCAACAGAAAGCAUUCUACCAAGGAUCUUAAUCAGAUGCUGAGAAAAUUCACACUCAAAAUAAACAAUGUGCCACUAAAACCAAAACAAUAGGUAUUAGCAGCUGCAUAAAGGUUAGCCUCAAUCUGUUGAGUCAUUUCUAAAAUGAUGAAAAGUAUAAUUCUUUGAAGUACUUUUUAUUCAAGCUGGAAAAUAUAUAAAGAUACAGAAUCGUUUGCCAACCAGGCUGACUGAGAAAUUUUUCAUUUUCUUUCUUGUUUGACUGUAUGCGAACAUCAAACUAAGAAUGGCAAAAAUGAAUCUCUCUUCCUACAUAUUAAUACUAACUUUUUCUUUGUUUUCUCAAGGUAUUUUACUUUCAGCAUCCAAGUCCAUAAGAAAUUUAGACGAUGACAUGGUAUUUAAUACAUUCAGGUUGGGGAAAGCCUUUCAGAAGGAAGACACUGCAGAAGAAUCAGUUAUUGCUCCUUCCCUGGAACAAUAUAAAAACGAUGAGAGCAGUUUCAUGAACGAAGAGGAAAACAAAAUUUCAAAGAACACAGGCUCCAAACAUAAUUUCUUAAAUCAUGGUCUGCCACUGAAUCUGGCUAUAAAACCUUAUCUUGCACUAAAAGGAUCUGUAGCUUUUCCAGCUGAAAAUGGAGUUCAGAAUACUGAAUCAACACAAGAAAAGAGAGAAAUUGGGGAUGAAGAAAACUCAGCUAAAUUUCCUAUAGGAAGGAGAGAUUUUGACAGUGAGUAGUCUUUUCAAAAUUCAAUUCUACGUCCUACCACCAUUAAACAGAACUCUGAGUUAAAGCGAAUUUGGAUGCAAUCAUAACAAAAUCAAAUAAGACCAUGGCUCAAUUACACCUGCCAAAAAUGUGGGAUUGAAUAGCAAUAAUUAAUUAUUAUCAUUUUGGUUUACUCAGAAUUAGUUAUGCUAGAUCCAUUCUUUUUUCUUAAUAAAUUUUGUGUGAUAAUCAUAGUCCUUUAAACAAUUUAAACUUCCUUCUUCCUUCAGUGCUCAGAUGUAUGCUGGGAAGAGUCUACCGACCUUGUUGGCAAGUCUGAUAUCUGUUGGUCCACAUCAUCUUUUCAGAAGAAAAUAAAAGCAUUUAAUUGUCAAUGGGAGGAGAAGCCCCUAAUGCUACUAUAACUUGUGCAUGUUAAAUGUUUGUUUUAAAAGAAAGUAGUGUUAAGAUGUAUCAGUAACUGAAAUUAUAUGCUUUUACUGUGCAUUAAACUUUGUGAAAAUUCUGCA